AUGCAAAAGGUCUAUCCUGCUAGCAUCCCUUCAUUGGGAAGGCCAUUGCACCACAUUAGCCCAAUACACAGUCACCAGCAACAACAGCAGCAACUACAACAACGCUCACAGCCACCAACUGGUUAUUUAACAGGAUUAGAGCUUUACCCUCAAUGGGGUCUUCCAAUACGACAACCGGAUCCACAACAGGUGUACCAAUUCUUCAACAACAACAGACAACAUGUUCAAUUUGUUCAGCAGCAACAACAGCCGCAGCAGCAGCAGCCCCAACAGCAGCCUCAACAACAACAAACUGGAGUUCUUGUAAUUGACACCACCAUCAGCCACAACAACAACAACAGUGGCAGCAACAAGAAGCUCAAGACUCACAAUGAGUCCUCUUCCUCUCCGGUCCAGGACAAGGAGUCACAGUUGGCCAACAUUUUGAACCCAACAUUUGACAAUAGUCUGCCAAACUUUAGCCAAUUUGAGUUGAAGCGACCACGUCCACAGCAGCCGUCGCAACAACAGGCACAGGCACAGGCACCUCAACAACAGGCACAGCCACAACAACAGCAACAGAAGUCGCCAACUCAUACUUCGUCACUUCCAAUAAUGAUCAUCAAGGAUGGCAGCUCAAACAGUCGAUCAAUUCUGAACAGCACCAACUCUGUCAACGACUCAUUCUCACCUUGCUCGUCCAUGCCAUCGUCUCCCAUCGACCAACAGGUCGGCUCGCCCGGCAACAACAUGUUAGCCAGCAAGCAGAUCAUGUUCCAAUGGAUGCAAGAGUUGGCCAACCUCAAGAAGCGCGAGUCAUUCCUCUUGGAGAACUUGAAGCACUACUCUGAUGACUCUGACGAUCAAACCGAUGCAUCACCAUCGUCGUCCCCAUCUGAAAGCAACCUCAGGACGUGGUCAUCUGCCACCGCUACAUCCAGCCAUCGCCAUCGUUGGCUGUCGACAGGGAGAUCCCUCGCCAAGUCCAUUGGCGCCUUGUCGGUUGGUGUCUCGUUGAUCUACUCAUCCACGUCCAAGCCUGUCACACCCAAGCAGACAGAGGACCGCCAGGAGGUACUCCAAGGUGUGCUCAGUCAAGACGUCGAUCGCAACGGCGUUGUCUCAUUCAGCAAGCUCAAGGUGAGCGAGGUGUCCUCCAAGCAUCUCCAUCAAUCAUUCAGCCUCACCUUCACCCUGACCGAGACCAUGCCCGACGGCCGAUCCCAUGUGAUCACUCAGAUCGUCUCCUCUCCAUUCCACGUCUUGUCACGCUCCAACAAGCGCAAGAAGGAAGACGAUCAGUCGGCCAUCGACUCGGAUCCCCAAGAGCCCUCGUCGCCCUCACACAACAAGUCCUCGCCAGGCAGCUACUCCUCGCCAUCGUCACCAUCCUCGCCAUUCCAGUCGCAGUUCUUGCCAGGUGCCGUUGUGGUCGCUUCAUCCAAUGACGACCACGCCACCACAUCAAUGGUGCCAUCCAGCGGAUCGUCCUCCUCCACCACAACCGACCAGAACAACUACAUUGACAUCACUGAGUUGUUGGUCCUGCCACAGAAGGAAGCCGCCACCAAGCUUGGCAUCUCUGAGUCCAUGCUCUGCAAGCGCUUCAAGGAGUGCACCAGGAGAAAGUGGCCAUAUCGCUAUCUGCGCAAGAUCGACAAGGUCAUCAAGAUCUUGUCCUUCCAGAACGGCACUGAGAUCCCCAAGGAGGACCGUGAGAAGCUUGACAAGCUCAUGCAGGAACGUGAGGAGUGCCUCCGUCCCGUCAAGAUCAGGAUCACCGGCUGUCUCGAGAAGGAUGACGACUCGAGCUCACCCACCGCCUGGUUCAAACAAGCCGUUGCCACGGUCAAGGCGAGUGGUUCAUCCAACCAACUCGUCCCCCAGACGCCACAGAACAAGUGCGCCGCCCGCCUCCUCAAUGAUGAUUCAUCAUCCGAGGCCGCCGCCACCCUUCUGUCUGGCAGUCAGUCCGUCGACAAGAUGCACCUCGUUGUACCUGUCACCUCCCUUCAUGCUGCUCACAAGGGAGAUGCCACAGGCAGCUUGGAGAAUAUCUUGGAGACAUUGGAGAUGUUGAAACAUACACGCCAGUAA